CAUCCCUCCUCCCUGUAAAAACCACCUUCACAUGAGCGACAGACGAGAGAAAGCAGCAGGCGCAGAUAACCGCUCUUCGCCUAAUUGACAGUCAGUCAGUCACUCAGGGAUUUAUUUGCAAACCUCAAACAUUUAACUAAAGGUGUCAUAUCCAUCCAAUAAAAAUGGGUUGCUUUGGAUUUUUGAAAACGAUGAUGUUCCUCUUCAAUGGAAUCAUCUUUCUGGCAGGAGCAGCUAUUCUGGGUGUGGGGAUCUGGGUGAAGGUAGACAGUGGAUCUAUCCUGGGUUUUUUGAACAAAAUAGACGGAGCUCCAAGUGAGCUGCAGCAGGUGCAGAAUGUGGGAUACCUCCUAAUCGCAGUGGGCGCUCUGCUGCUCAUCAUGGGCUUCCUGGGCUGCUGUGGGGCGAUCAAAGAGAGCAGGUGUAUGCUGCUGAUGUUCUUCAUCAUUAUUCUGAUUGUGUUCAUUGCUGAAGUUGCUGGAGCGAUUGUGCUACUGGUCUUUAAGCCUCUGGCUGAAAACCUGAUAAAAGAGUUCGGAAACCAAGUUGUCAAAAGCAUCAGAAAAGAUUAUGAUAAAAUCCAGAUAUCACUGGACUACUGAACACUACCAUGACCACGCUGAACUGCUGUGGAUUCAACAACUAUACAGAUUUCACAGGUUCUCCCUUUGUGGACAAAUACAGUGUUUACCCAGAUCAAUGCUGUGAUAUCAGUCCAUGCAGUGAGAAUGCAGCUUUAUU